AUGGGCGAUUCAUGGGAUGAGGCUUUUGGAGAGUAUGAUCCAGACGCUGUUCAGGAGAGUCCAGAUGCUUCCUUGGCUGCACAUGAUGGUGUCGAGGCAUCUGUUUCUCGAGAUAUAUACCAUGUUUACGAUUCAAAAUAUGUAGACACAUCGGAUGACGAGUACCAUGAAGCAAUGGCAAAUCUAAGAGCCUAUGGGGAGAGUAAGAGAAGGAAGGUGAAGGCACGUAUUGUUGGCCAUGGAGAGGAGGUCGAACAGCUUGAUUUUUUUGAGGAGGACGAAUCCUCUAGUGAUGACUCUGAGGAGGAGGAUGGUGUGAAUGAAGAACAGGAGGAUCCAGAACCGGCCGACGUACCUCCAAUGAAAGAAGCUAGGCGAGCAGACUCGAACCAUUCGAGUUACAAGCUCUCUGAAGAUUCCAACCAUGUUAGUGCCAAUCUUUCUGACUCGGAAGGUGGGGACAUCUUCGAUGAUGCACCGCAAUAUGAUCCACAUUGUAACCACAAUGUUCUCCAGUUCGUGACUCGGAUGAAGUUUGCAAGUCCGGAGGAAUUUAAGGCAGUUGUGGUUCGCCACUCUGUUGCUGCUGGGGCCGGUUUGAGAUGGGUUAGGAUUAAGAAAUCAAGAAGAUAG